AUGGCUCUCAAAUUCAUCUUACUUCCCCUCAUUUUCUUUGAGAUCGUUCUCCUCUCUUAUCCCUCAAAGAGUAACCCCAUAACAGAUGGUGUGUGCAAAUUGGUGGACUGUGCUCAAGGGACCUGCAAUAAAUCCAACGAACUUUUGGAGCCUUUUAAGUGUGUAUGUUUUCCUGGAUGGAAAAAUCUUCAGAUUGGCCCACUUUCUGGUUUUCUCCCUUGUGUCAUCCCCAACUGUACGCUUGACCUUAGUUGUGGGGAAACUGCACCUCCACCCCCUUUCCCUCUCUUGCCACCUCCAAUCAACCUAUCGGACCCAUGUAGUUACACGUCGUGUGGAGAAGGAAAAUGUGUGAGGAUAAAUGAAACAAGCCAUAUGUGCGAAUGCAACCCAGGAUCUGCCAACCUCUUAAAUGCAACAAACCUUCCUUGUUUCAAACAAUGUUCUUUGGGAGCCGAUUGUAAGGGAAUUGGGUUCGGACCCGGGGCAACUUCACCUCCUCCUCCUCCUCCUCCUCCUCCUCCAUCAAUGGCAACUUCACCUCCUCCAUCAACUUCUGGAUCAGAUAAUAACGCACUUGGAGUAUUUGAUUUUGCUAAUGUGUAUGGCUCUCUAUAUUCCUUGGAAUAUGUGGGAGAUAUGAAUUUGAAGACCCAACAAGUUGAAGAUCCAAAUAUUCAUUGCAUGGAUUCCGGCAUUCGUGAUAGGAAAUUUUUGCAACAAUUAUAUAUUUGA